AUGAAAGACCAUGCGGUUGUCUUGAUACCAUUCUCAUUGCGCAUACCUCCUGUCGAGUCGCAUCACCAUACUUGUCGAGUCCAAGGAUAUGACAGCCGAUCGCGGAUCGCGAUCCGAUCGCCCCUCCUGGAUCCUCCAGACAUCGGCGGUGGCCUGUCUGGCAGUCGAUACUGUACUUUCGCAUCCGACUCCGUCGCCUUUCCUCCGGGACAUCUCUCCUCCUCCCUCACCACGCCCUCGUCGUUGGUCGUGGGCGAUUUCUUCCCCUCCAACUACUCGCGCGAGACAUCCGCCAACCUGGCUGCCCUCGCGAUCCCCCCGCCAGGCAUGGGCCCGGCGCUCGAGGCGCUGACAGCCCCCCAGCCGUUGAAUUCGCGUCGUCCAGCGGCCCCGACCCUGCCCAGCUUCGAGCUCCCGGUGCCCCCCUUCCAUACCAGCGGCGCCAUCAAGUACACCACCCACCAUAGCAAUCCUCCUCACAUCAACCCGAGCGUCAGCAACCUUCUCACUCCGCCGGUGACCACCCAGUCCGGCGGCGACAGCAUUCCCACCACCACGGCGCACUCGGCAAUCACCACGGGCGUGUCGACCAACUCGGAGCUGGCCCCUUACUGGCCCGGCCAGAGCUCAUAUCAAAGUGCCUCCGGGGCGGCGACGGCAGCGCGUCAGUCGUGGAGCUCGGGUGUGCCUUAUUCCAGUCGAGAUACCUUUCCUCCGUCCGUGACUCCCCUGCAUCGCAACCCGGCCACGUCAACGCCGGGUUCAGAGCACAUGCCCCAGGCAUACGAGAUGAAUCACCUGCCCCCAUUUCAACAGCCAAUCCCAGUUUCUGCCCCCGUCUCUUCUGGGGGGGGCCUGCAGCAUCACUCGAUCCCACACGCCAUGAUUUCAGUCCAUCCACUGCCGAAUCCCGCGCCGUCGCCCCAUCCUUUGCCUUCGAACGACCCCUACAUGGUCAAAUCCUCGUCCGCACCGGCGUACGGAACGGCUCAGCAGGUAACCAACUCGCCAAGCGGAUAUUCUCCGUACGGACAGACGGGGCUCGGGAUGCAGCAGCCCCCGGGCCGGGUGGCCUCGAAUCCACACCCUUCGCACCAUUUGAACUACCAGCGGGGUCCCUGGGCGUCCUAUUCGCUCCCGGCGAUGAACGGUCCAGUGUGGUCGAAUGUGAACAACCCGAACGGUCCCUUGUCCAUGACAGGGAACCAGCCAGCCGGGCUGCCGGGGCUGGCAGGGUAUAACAGUGGGCACGCUGCCAAUCUGCAGCAGAUGCAGCAGCUGUAUGGAGGGCACCCACCUCAUCCGGGCCACGGCGGCCCGGGUCCAACCAACGACCGGCCCUUCAAGUGCGACCAGUGUCCGCAGAGCUUCAACCGCAACCAUGAUCUCAAACGACAUAAGCGCAUCCACCUGUCGGUGAAGCCGUUCCCAUGCACGCACUGCGACAAGAGCUUCUCGCGCAAGGACGCGUUAAAGCGACAUAUCCUUGUCAAGGGCUGUGGGAAGGACGGGUCGGAUGGCGGCCUCUCCAAGUCGGCCGAGCACAGCUCGGUCAAGGAGGAGGAUAGGAGUGAUGAAUCGAAUGGCCACCAUUAA